GGUCUAGUUAGAACAAGAUGUCCAGCCUUUGCACCGGUUUGCUCUCGGCAGUCAUGCAUUUGAUCUUGAAUUUGAGUUUGCAGUUUGAACUUGGAGGGGAGCUACAGUCAUGCACGAACGUCGUCAACCUGUCGCGUGAUCGUCGAUGCUUUUGGUUUGUUCCACCUGUACCCUUAGGAAAUGGCAACCUAGGCUGGCGUGUGGCACCGCAUUCACAUCAGUAGGCAUUUCUAUAAGUGUGUGUGUGUGUGUUUGUGCGUGUCAUCCUUGACACUCGGCUGACGCGCUAGAUUUGCUUGCCAAAAGCAGGCAUGUGGAAGCUUUUAACUUAUGAUGCUGCUCAGAUGCAACCCUUUACUCUUCACAAGUUACGGGUGUGUCGAAACACCUGAACAAGCUUGGACGUAUCAAACGUGAGUGGCUAACGGCCAACUUUCCCACCAGCAUCGCCACCACCACCACCGCCGCCGCCAUUGCCGCCGCCGGCGCCUCCGCCACCGCCGCCGCCGCACUUCGCUGCAAAAAUAAGUAGGAGCCUUGUUCUAAAAAAUUGAAGUGUUGAAAGCUGAGAGCGUUACACUAUGAAAGACAUUGCGUUUGCUGCCUGGAUCAAGAAGGCCCAUUUUGGCUCUGGCUGGGCGAGCGCUCCGCGUGAUGGGCCGUCGUGACAAGGGCAGGUCAAACAGUAGAGUUUCUGAAUACGAGCGGCUGGGCAGAAUUCCGUGUCAGCACACUCCCAGACAUGCAAGGUACUACAGUGACUACUACUCGGAAAGCCGCAGCCGUAGCCGCGACCGGCGACGCGAUCGUGGCCGGGACCGCGGACGUGAUCGACGCCGGGAUCGAGACCAUCAUCGAGACCGAAGGCGGGACCGUAGUCGCAGGAGACGAAAAGGUGACUGGCGUGACGACAUGGAAGAGUUCAUCAGAAAGAACGGUCUUGACACACGUACUCAAGAUGCACUUUUUGCUCUCAACAAGACCAUUGCCCUCACCGUGAUGGGCAUGGACGGUGGGAGGAACACGUUUCUACUUGAAGGUGUGCGAAAUCCUGAUGCCGUGGUGAUGUCAAGGAUCCGCAUUGCCACCGGCCAGCAGCGGCGAUAGUUGGUGUGUCCCAACGAAUGGAUCGCCCAAGACGGGUCUGUGUUUGGCCGUACAGAUAACCUUUC